AUGGAUGAAACGAAUAGCACGCCAUCGGAACUUGCAACUCACUUAGCACGCAGAGUUGUCACAUCGUCUGCUCAGAAUAAUUAUAGUGCUGGAGCCGGAGCAGUAAGACGACUGGCGACACAUACGUCAAUUGGUCCAUCUAUGUCAGUUUCUGCGGUAGUUCCGAAUCGUUAUGUUCCAGUCACUCGUAUAAGUACAAAUCCUGCUGGUAGUUCAUCUAUGUACCAAACAAAGCGGCCCUUAUCUAAUAAUUAUGCGUGUGAUCUUCAGUUAAUACGGAAAUUUCCUCGCAGUACCGAUAAAUCCAAAGGCUUGCGGCAUUUCAGUACCAAAGUAGCUGAUGAGCUGGUUUCCGAGUAUUUUGAUUCAGCUGAUGUUCAGCCUAUGGAUACGGAAAAACAACAAUAUGAUAUGAAAAACAUUCGACGCCGUGUCUACGACGCAUUAAAUGUGCUAAUGGCUAUGAAUAUCAUUGAAAAAGAGAAGAAAGAAAUUCGAUGGGUUGGAUUACCAACAUCUUCUGUACAGGAAUGUCGUAAAUUAGAGGAAGAAAAAGCGAAACGACAAGAACGAAUACGUCAUAAGUCCGAUCAGCUUCAGGAACUCAUAAUACAGCUGGUCGCUUACAAAACCUUGGUGGAAAAAAAUCGCGAACUGGAACGUGAUAAUGGUCGUCCAAUGGAAGAUUCAAUACUUUAUUUGCCAUUCAUCAUUGUAAACACAGCAAAGAAAACAUUCAUCGACUGUGCCAUCUCGCAUGACAAGACCGAAUAUUUAUUCAAUUUCGAUCAACCAUUCGAAAUUCACGAUGAUAUAGAAGUGCUUAAGAGGCUUGGACUUGCUUAUGGCUUAGAUCGCGGUGAAGUGACUGAUGUUGAUCGUGAUAAAAUCAAGUCGUAUUUGCCCCUUUGUCUUCGCGAUUAUGUCGACCAAAUUAUUGAUGGUACGUGGAAUAAUGGCGCCUACGAUAUCUCAUCGAAUAUUAUUUCAAAUGUUAACACAUCGCAAGACAACAAGCAGACUUACGCCAUAGCUUCUGGACCACGCGUUGAACAGUCAACAGCUAAUAUUCCACAAGGCUACCACCAACCAAAGCGUUUAACCUCAUCUUCAGCUCGAGUUAUUCCACCUGUUCUUCCACGAAAUGCGGUUACCGGUACUAACACUCUUCAGACGGACUCGGAUUCAAAACAGACAACAGCAGACCCAAACGGAUACCGUACCACUCGUGCACCGGUGCAACGCUGUAAUAUACCACAAGAAGGUUCAGGUAAUGCACAGCAGAGAGCAUUUAAUACAAAUAGACAAGUUGCUUACAACGUGCAGGAUGUUGGACAGGACCAGCUUUCCGAAGAACAACAGUAUGAAGAAGUAUAUGAAGAAGAAGAGGAAGAAAAUUUGGGCUAUGAAUAG